CGGAGAAAGUGGACGGCUUCACCCGGAAAUCGGUGCGCAAGGCGCUGAGGCAGAAGCGCUCUCAGGGCUCGUCGCAGUUCCGCAGCCAGGGCUGCCCCGUGGAGCUGCAGCCCCUGCCCCAACUCAAAGAUGCCACUUCAAAUGAACAACAAGAACUCUUCUGUCAGAAGUUGCAACAGUGUUGUGUACUGUUUGAUUUCAUGGACUCUGUUUCAGACUUGAAGAGCAAAGAAAUUAAGAGAGCAACACUGAAUGAACUGGUUGAGUAUGUUUCAACUAAUCGUGGUGUAAUUGUUGAAUCAGCGUAUUCUGAUAUAGUAAAAAUGAUCAGUGCAAAUAUCUUCCGUACUCUUCCUCCAAGUGAUAAUCCAGAUUUUGAUCCAGAGGAGGAUGAACCCACACUUGAGGCUUCUUGGCCUCACAUACAAUUGGUAUAUGAAUUCUUCUUAAGAUUUUUGGAAAGCCCUGAUUUCCAGCCUAGCAUUGCAAAGCGAUACAUUGAUCAGAAAUUUGUACAACAGCUCCUGGAACUUUUUGAUAGUGAAGAUCCCAGAGAACGUGACUUCCUGAAGACUGUUCUGCAUCGAAUUUAUGGGAAAUUUCUUGGACUAAGAGCAUUCAUCAGAAAACAAAUUAACAACAUUUUCCUCAGGUUUAUAUAUGAAACAGAACAUUUCAAUGGUGUUGCUGAACUCCUGGAAAUAUUAGGAAGUAUUAUCAAUGGCUUUGCAUUGCCACUGAAAGCAGAACAUAAACAAUUUCUAAUGAAGGUUCUUAUUCCUAUGCAUACUGCAAAAGGAUUAGCUUUGUUUCAUGCUCAGUUAGCCUACUGUGUUGUACAGUUCCUGGAGAAAGAUACAACACUAACAGAACCAGUGAUCAGAGGAUUGCUGAAAUUUUGGCCAAAAACAUGCAGCCAGAAAGAGGUGAUGUUUUUAGGAGAAAUUGAAGAAAUCUUAGAUGUUAUUGAACCAACACAGUUCAAAAAAAUUGAAGAGCCCCUUUUUAAGCAAAUAUCUAAGUGUGUAUCCAGUUCUCAUUUUCAGGUUGCAGAAAGGGCGUUGUACUUCUGGAAUAAUGAAUAUAUUCUUAGUUUGAUUGAGGAGAAUAUUGAUAAAAUUCUGCCAAUUAUGUUUGGUAGUUUGUACAAAAUCUCCAAGGAACACUGGAAUCCGACCAUCGUAGCACUGGUCUACAAUGUGCUGAAAACCCUAAUGGAAAUGAAUGGCAAGCUUUUCGAUGAUCUUACUAGUUCAUACAAAGCUGAAAGACAAAGAGAGAAAAAGAAGGAAUUGGAACGUGAAGAAUUAUGGAAAAAAUUAGAGGAGCUAAAACUAAAGAAAGCUCUAGAAAACCAGAACAGUGCUUACAACAUGCACAGUAUUCUCAGCAAUACAAGUGAUGAAUAAAGAGAAACAUGCCACCUCUGUGGGAUAGGCACAGUUUUGUACACUUUUUAAAAAAUGUAAAAAUCAUGAAACCUCAACAGUAUAAUUAAAAGGUCAAUUUUUUUCUGGCAACUGUAAAUGAAAAAAUAUAUGGACUAAACAUAGCCCUGUGCUAUCUCAUGGCCGCAGUAUAUUGUAACGUUUGUCUAAUCAUUGAUUUAUUGUGUCACAUCUGAAGUUUCACAGAAAUGAACUUUAUCAUCUAUAAUAUGAGUGAGAUAAUUAUGGGGGGUGGUAAGAAUUAUGACUUGAAUUCUAUUUUGAUUGUGUUGCACAUAGAUAUAGUAGUCUGCUCUGUAUAUUUUUCCCUUUUAUAAUGUGCUUUUCACAUUGCUGCAGACCUUAGUUACAUCCUAGGAAAAAAGUAUUUCCUAAAUAAAACUAAGGUAUAAUCCUUACCUUUCCCUUUGUCCCUCUCAGAAAUAUGAUGGGAGGAAUUACCUGCCAAAAGCCUCCCUUCAUUAGAAAUAUUACUGUACUCUGGAAUUUGAGCAAAAAACUUAAAUCUCCAGGCUUUUUAAAGCACAACUUAUAAAUAAAAGCUAGGAAAGUAAACCAAAUUCUUCAGAUUGCUCCUCAUGAGUAUCUCCCUUAUCUGCAACUCCCAAAUGAUGAGCACAGAUUAGUGGGGGCAGCGCAGGUGAACACGCAGCCUGCCUCUCAGUUCAUUCCUCUUCCUCCCCUUCCCCAUGGCUGAAGGCAGGGCCCUUCCAGCCCUCAGCACCUGCCCUCCUCCAGUCCCUCCUGAUGGGGGCGUCGUGUCCCACAGUGUGGAGACACCAAGUGCUCCUUGCCACUGCCUGGCUUUACUUAAAGAACUGCAGUUGGCUUCUGUAGCGUUCUAAGAAGGUUGACUAUAGGGGUCUUGUAUGUUUUUACUUGGUCAAGUAUUUCUCAUGAAUUUUGUUAUCAGAGUACCAUUCCAAUCUCUUAACUUGCAGUUGUGUGGAAAACUGUUUUGUAAUGAAAGAUCUUCAUUGGGGGAUUGAGCAGCAUUUAAUAAAGUCUAUGUUUGUAUUUUGCCUUA